CCGCACACGCGCAGUGGGGCAGUAGCCUGUAGUCUGUAAUUUUCCAACCAGCACUGUAUGAAGUAAGAGUCGGGGUUUCGCCCAGAUCUGGGAGAUCUCCGUAAGCUGAUCUCCAGCUUAGAGUCGGAGCGGGGAGUGUGGCAGUGAAAGACUGGCAGAUCUCUGUGUAAGAGCUGCAAAAAUGGUCAACUUAGAGUUCCCAAAUGAUGCACACUUUAGUUUGAAGAUCCAUAUACUGUUACAGGGAUCAGUGACACUCCAGGAUGUGGCUGUGGAAUUCACCCCAGAGGAGUGGCAGCUGCUUGACUGUGAUCAGAGAACCUUGUAUUGGGAUGUGAUGUUGGAGAACUUUAGAAACCUCAUCUCAAUGGGGUGUCCAGUCACCAAAACAAUAGUGAUCUUCAAGGUGGAGCAAGGACAAGAGCCAUGGAUGGUGGAGGGAGAGAACCCACGUUGGCGCUCUCCAGAAGCUGACUGCCCACUUAUUGAUGAAUCAGACAAGCACCAGGAAAGCAAAGACAAUUUUUUGAAUUCAGUUUUGUUCAUGUUCAAUAAAAUUCUGACUGUGAAGAGACUUCAUGGCUAUAAUAUGAGCACAAGUCUUAAUCCUACAAGAAAAAUAUCAUAUAAAUGUAAGUCAUAUAGGAAGAGUUUGCAACCUACUUCAGACUUACUUAAUUGUAAUAGAUGUUAUACUGGAGAAAACUCUUAUGAAUGCAGUGAAUGUGGGAAAGUCUUCAAAACGAAGUUUCAUUUUAUUAGACAUGAAAAAAAUCAUACAAGAAAAAAACCCUUUGAAUGCAACGACUGUGGGAGAGCCUAUAGCAGGAAGGCUCACCUUGCAACUCAUCAGAAAAUACAUAAUGGAGAGAGACCCUUUGUGUGCAGUGAUUGUGGGAAAGCAUUUACACAUAAAGCACAACUCAUGGUCCAUCAGAGACUCCACACUGGAGAGAAACCUUAUGAAUGCGGUCAAUGCGGAAAAUCAUUCACCUGGAACUCCUCCUUUACUCAACACGUGAAAUCACAUACACUUGAGAACUCAUUUGAAUGUAAGGAAUGUGGGAAAACCUUCAGGUAUAGUUCAUCCCUUUAUAAACACUCUAGAUUUCAUACAGGAGAGAAACCCUAUCGAUGCAUCGUGUGUGGCAAAGCCUUUGGCAACACUUCUGUGCUUGUUACUCAUCAAAGAAUUCACACAGGAGAGAAACCUUAUGGAUGUAUUGAAUGUGGCAAAGCCUUCAUCAAGAAGUGUCACCUCCUCAGACAUCAGAUAAUUCAUACAGGAGAAAAGCCCUAUGAAUGUAGCAAAUGUAGGAAAGCAUUUUCCCAGAAGUCAAAUCUUAUUUUACAUCAGAAAAUUCAUAUGUAAUAUUCACUUAUGAAUCUGAGAAAACUUUAAAUAUUUGAUAAACCUUAUUAAGUAGAGAAUUUAUGGUGAGGAGAAAUCCACCAAUCUGAAUGAAUUGGAAGAAUAAAUUCCCAUUAAAAAAAACAAUGCCAAUUAUGUUCUGCAAGUGAUAAUAAAGUUUUUAGAGAAAAGAUCACAGAAAAAGUUAAUUUAUAAAUGCACAUAGAGCUUGGAAAGUAAGCAUAAAUUAAACAAUCAAGGAAUCAGUGAAAACUACAUUUACCAUCUCUGAUUUUUAAUUCUUAUAACAAAUUAUACAAUUAUGCAAGUGUGAGUAAAAAAUAUGUUUAUAUUAUAUUAAAUUAUAUCUAUUAAGAGUUUCUGCAGUAAAUUUCACCAUUUUUUUCUUCCAAUCCUAACAGUAACAUGCAAGUGAAAACAUGUGGUUUAAUAUGUAGUAUGAAUUUCAGUAAUAUUUGCACCCAUUUGCUGGCACUUUUGAGGGGUAUGGCAGUGUUACUGAAUCUCAUUCUCAAACUUGUUAUAAAGAUGUAUAGAAUUACACAUAUGUAUAAUUUAACAAGAUACCAAUUGAGAGGGGGAAAGCAGUUGUAUUCUGUAUUACAGUAAGUACUCAGUUGAGGAAAAGAAGUAUUUAAAUAAGUGUGUAAAUAAAACAUUUGCCCUUCAAAUAUUCCUGUUCUUUUUCAUUGAUGUAUUUACCUAAGAUAUAAGUAUAGCUCAAGUAGUAGUUAACUAGGGUAUCAUCUACAUUUCAUUUUAAUAAACUAGAGUGUCAUGAUACUUUGCAACUUUCAGGGAGUGAGCUUUGGGGUCUAUUUUUUGUUUUCUUGUAAGAAAUUGAUACAGGUUUUGCUCCUAGGGGUGCCUGGAAUUUACCAUGUGACAGCACAGGCAGCAUUAAUCGAGUUGAAAAGAGCACUUUUUUUUUGCUCAGCAACUUCACUUUGGAACGUGACAUUUUGUAAGUUCCACAUAUUCCCUUAAAAGGAUGAAGCAACCUUUUUUUUUUUUUUUUUUUUGUGGUACGCUGGCCUCUCACUGUUGUGGCCUCUCCCAUUGCACAGGCUCCAGACGCGCACGCUCAGCAGUCAUGGCUCACGGGCCCAGCCACUCCGCGGCAUGUGGGAUCCUCCCGGACCGGGGCACUAGCCCAUGUCCCCUGCAUCGGCAGGCGGACUCUCAACCACUGUGCCACUAGGGAAGCCCCAACCAUUAUUUAAGCUACAGUUUUUACUGCUGUUCACAAUAUUCUUUGAUAAUGUCAAAAAACUUUUAUGCCUUUUCUUGAGUUGUGACAAAACAGCUUGAACCUAAAUUCAGAAAUCAAGCCUUUUCAAGUUUAAGCUCAGUUACAACUAUAUUACAUUGUUUUUCUCUCAUUGGCCUUUUUUUUUUUUUUUUUUGCGGUACGCUGGCCUCUCACCGCUGCGGCCUCUCCUGUUGCGGAGCACAGGCUCUGGAUGCACAGGCUCAGCAGCCAUGGCUCACGGGCCCAGCCGCUCCGUGGCAUGUGGGAUCCUCCCAGACCGGGGCACGAACCCGCGUCCCCUGCAUCGGCAGGCGGACUCCCAACCAUUGUGCCACCAGGGAAGCCCUCGUUGUCCAUUUUUUGAAGAGUAAUGCUGAGUAAUGAUUAUAAGUGAAUGACAGUGCUUUUUUUUGAACAAGCAUACUAGCACUUAAGGAUCUAAAUUAUUUACUGACUUUGUUGCUUAACCAAACCUUAGUCAGGCUCCUGAACCUUUCCGAGGCCCACUUGCACACUUACUUGUAAAAUCUAGUUUUAGCAAGAACCCUGCUAAGUCAUUUUAACCAGAACCCUCCACCCUCAAUAUCUGAUCAGGUUCCUCAUCCUCCAUCAUCCUUCAGGUGAUGUCUGAUCACCCUGGCCUGUCUUCAGCAGGAAUCCUGUUAGGCGGAUUCAGCCAGAACCCUCCUUACCCGUUUUCUCUAAAGUAAUUUUCCACCCACUGACCCCCUACCCUACUCCUUAGCUAUAAAUUCCUACUUGUGUAUGGUGUAUUCAGAGUUGAGCGCAGUCUCUCCCCAACUAAAAUCCCAUGGCAGUGGUCCCUAUACCUAUCACACUGGUUCUGAGUAAAGUCUGUCUUGUCAUUUGUCAUCUUUAACAAAUGUCACUGCAUACCUUUUUUCUUUAACACUUUCCCAGUUGUUUUAGGAGGUGGCAUACUAGUUACACUCUUGCAGUUUCAAAAAUUUCUGUUACCUUCUUUCUUUUGGAAUUGUCUUCAGAAUCCAUUUGUCAGCCACACAGGGAAUUCUUUAGGUAUGUAUAGUCACGGGACUUGCCUUUUUUUUUGCAGCCCAACAGUUUUCUCUCAUUUCCUACAUGAAAUCCUUGUUUUACCCUACUCAGUGCUUUCCAUUGCCAUCCUAUCUCCCCUUCCCAUGCCCAUGCUUCUCAUCUGAGAAACUCAAAACUAUGUAAGGCUACAGGAAGAGGACACAUAUUAGGAGGCAGUAGGGAGCUCUACUGUUGUCGGCAUGAUGUGAGGUCCCCUUGGAAGAGCAGCUGUGUAGGUCGAGGUGGCAAGAGGUGUGCGAUGGUCUGCGAAUAAAACGGGAAUUUUAAUUGUAAUAUGUCAGGAAGUAUGUUAUCUAGGUUCCAUAAAUUAAUUCACUCCCUUAAGAGGAAGAAGGAAUACAGUAGAGCAAGUUAAAAUAUACUUCCUUGGGCUUCCCUGGUGGCGCAG